AUGGAGUCUGAAGAAUACUCCUCCUCUGAUGAGGAAGAGAAAACUAGAGAAGAGCAAGUUUCUCGGUACUUGGGAAUUCUCAUGAAGCUGAAUGCAAAACUCUAUGGAACAGAGGCAUUGAAAGAAGAACCCCCAGUACUUACCCAAGAGUACAGUGCCCUGGCUCAGAGGAAGCUGCCUCUGAAGAGGCCAGACCUUGGAAGCUUCAUGAUUCCCUGUACCAUAGGUACAAUCACCUUUGAGAAGGCCUUGUGUGACCUUGGGUCAAGCAUCAACCUCUUGCCUCUCUCUGUGAUGAGAAGAUUGGGAAUUCUAGAGGUGCAAGCUACCAACAUUUCAUUGGAAAUGGCAGACAGGUCACUGAAAAAGGCAUAUAGCAUGGUGAAGGAUGUCCUAGUGAAGGUUGAAAACCUUUACCUCCCAGCUAAUUUUGGUAUUCUUGACACUGGAGAGGACAGGGAUGAGUCCAUCAUCCUUGGAAGGCCAUUCCUUAACACUGAAAGAGCCAUGAUUGAUGUAAAAAGAGGAGAACUAGUCCUGCAACUGAAUGAGGAUUGUCUUGUGUUCAAGGUUCAUAAAUCUCACUCUACAUCAGUUGGAGAAGGCACAACUGACAAGCACUUGAUGCUUCCACCACUUCUCUCAUUACAGAGCCUAAUAGAGCCCCCAGACACCAACUCUAAGUUUGGUGUAGGGUAA